AUGAGCUGGGCAGCAGACGAGUGGAAGGAUGGGCUGCCGGCCCGGGCUCUUCAAAAGAUUGGCCAGAUAGAGCAACAAUAUGAACGUCUGAAAAAAGAAAGGGAUCAAAAGCAAUUUCAGCUAGAUAGUCUUGAACAGGCCCUUCAAGUGCAGAAAAGGAAAGUAGAGGAAGAGAAGAAUCAUGCAGCAGUUUUUAAACGUGAAAAUCAGAGUCUGUCUGAAAAUUGUCAGGACCUGGAACAGAAGCGCCAGAAGGUGGUGCAAGAGCUCACAACUAAGGACAAUCAUAUUUCCUGUAUAGAGGGCAAAUUGUCUCACACCAAAUCUCUGUACGAAGCUGAGACCCACAAGGUGAGUCAGCUUCAGGGUGAGCUAGAAAAGCUCCAGAGAGAUUAUGACAGUUCCAUCAAGAAUAUAGAGAAAGUGACAGCUGACCACCAGAAACUGCAAGAGUAUUGUAAACAACAGAAGGUCCAGCUGGACAGUCAGAAUGACCGUAUUAGGAAUCUUGAAAGUGAUCUCAAGCAUAAUGUUGACAACAGUAGAAAACCUGUUGUGUCUGCACCAACCACAGGGAUGGAGAGUAAUCUACAGAAUAAGCUACAGCAGUUAAAUGCAAUGAGGGAGAAAGAUCAGAUGGAGAUUCAGCAGCUGAAGGAAGAGUUAGAAAGACAGGCAAAACAGCUUGGAGACCAGCUUAAGCAUUCCACAGGGGAACUGGAGAAAUACCAAAAGCAAUCAUCUGAUUUGUCUAUGAAGGUGGAUAAUCUAAAUCGGGCCAACCAGAUGUCUAGUUCUAUACCAGGCUUCGGUUCAUCAACCAGUCAGCAGGCAAAUAUGAAACCAGGCUUCAGUGCAUCAGCCAAUCACCAAACUAGUUCCAUACCAGGCUUUGGCUCAUCAACCAAUCACCAUGCCAGUUCUAUACCAGGUUUUGGUUCCUCAGCCAAUCAUCAAAGUAGUUCUAUUACAGGCUUUGGUUCAUCAGUUAAUUACCAAGCUAAUUCAGUACCAGGAGGGAAUGUUAUGGAGUCUGUUGGUACCCAGAAUAGUAAAGUUUCUGUAGCUAAUGGGAGUUCCUGGUCUGGAGGUGGGGACUGGAAGGACGGUCUGUCAUCCCAGGCACUGCAGAAAGUUGGUCAAAUUGAGGCUCAGCUGGAUAAAGUCAAGAAAGAGAGGGACCAGAAACAAUUCCAAGUGGACAGCCUGGAGCAGGCAUUGAACAAUCAGAAGAGGAAGGUAGAGGAAGAGAAGAACCAGACAGGCAGCUUAAAGAAAGAACUGCAAACACUGUCAGCCAGCUGUGAGUCUGUAGAGCAGAAACGACAAAAGUUAGCACAGGAAAUUCAGGUCAAAGACAACAGAAUAUCAUGUUUGGAUGGUCAGCUGGCACACGUCAAGGCCCAGAUGGAGGCAGAAUCCCAGAAGGUGAACAAGCUGCAAUCAGAGGUGGAGAAGGCACAGACUCAGCAACAGGAUGCCACUCGCAAACUGGAGCAGGUGUCAGAGGAGCAAGGCAAGCUUCAACAGCGAGUUCAACUGGCACAACAGGAACAAAAACAAGCAACAGAGAGUAUGACACUAAUGAAAAAGAAUGAGACUUUGAUGCAGAAGAAAUUAGAGAGCAAGGAGGAAGAGGUGAACAAACUGAAGGAUGAUAUCAAGGUCACUAAGGACAGUCUUACAGAAAAAGAUAGACAGACGCAACAGAUGCAGAAAUCUUGGCAACAGACAGAGGCUCGAAUGAAACACCAGAGUAAUGAAAAGGAAGCAGAGUACAAGGGGAUGGCUGAGAAACUGUCAGCAUCGGAAAAGGAGCUACGGCAGCUUCAGAGUGAUCAUAGGAACCAACAGAACCAAUUCCAGGAUCUGAAGACCACUAUCGAGAAAAAAGAAAAGGAAAACGCUCAACUAUCCCUCAGUAACUCACAGUACCAGUCAGACCUUGACGCUCUACAGAACAAACACAAGAAGGCCAUGGAUGAGUAUCAUUGCCUUCAGACCAAAUUAGAUCAGUUACACUCCAGUCACAUGACGGCCACCAACCACCUGCAGGAGUCUAAGAAACAGGUGGAGGACAAGGAGACAGAGAUAAAGGAACUCCGGAAAGCUCUGGAGGGUCUGCAGGAUGAGGCGAUCAGGUGCGAGGAACGACACCAGAACACAUUAACUGAGCUGAAUAGUCAAAUGACCAAUGUCCAACAAGCUGCAGACACCAAGGCUGCAGAGAUCACCUCACUCGAGAUGCAACUGCUGUCUGUACAGAUGCAGGUGGACUCUGUAGCCCAGAGCAACGCAGGACAAAUUUCUGACCUUGAGCAAAAGGUCAAAGUUCUUGAGGCCAAUGAAGGACAAAUAAAGACUGUUUUGCAAAAUAAGGAACAGGAGAAUGAUGCCUUAAAAAGAAUUCAAGAGGAAAAUGUGCAUGAGUUGAAUAGUUCCAAGGAUGCUCUGUGUCAAUUAGAGGAGAAAUAUAAAAAUACAACUGGUGAGCUAGAGGAUACAAAGAGGAAGUUAGAACUUGCCAAGGAUUCUGUUGAGUCACACAUGAAAGAAACCAAAGCUUUAAAGGCAGAGUUGUCUGCUCUUCAAGAACAGUUUGUAAAUGAAAGGAAUAACAUGGAGAAGGAUGUAAAAGAAAUCAGAGAUCAACUAAAAACAUCAAAGACUGAAAAAGAUAAACUCCAGGAUAUUGUUUCUAAGAAGGAAACUGAGUUGGAGGAAAUUACUAGUAGGAUGGACAAUGUGACAUCAACCAAACAAGAAUUAGAAGGAAAACUUGAAACUCUGACAGAGGAGCAUGAAAUCUUGGUUACAGAGAAACAGACAAUUUCUACUAAAUUACAGCAGGCAGAGAGUGCUCUGGAGUCAAAGACCAAUGAAUUAGAAAAUUUAGGUAACCAACUAGAGUCAUCACAGGAUGAGCUUUCCUCCAGUCUCGAGGCAAAACAACAGCAGCUUGAGCGUGUACAAGGAGACUUAGAUGCUACCAGGGACAAACAUGAGAAAAUUGCUGAACUGCUGAUAGUGAAGGAACAAGAAUGUGAUCAGCUCAGACAGGACUUAGCUGACCUUAAAACUGAAAGUUCCUCCCUAACUGACAAGCUUCAGGGAUACCAUGAUCGACUUGGGGCACUUGAAUCAGAAAACAAUGAACUCAAGAGUCAGUAUGAUCAAGCCAACUCUACGGUAUUGUGUAAAAACCAGGCUCUUCUGGAGAUGGAGACUGAAUUGUCCUCAUUAAAAGAAAAAUCUGAAAUCCGCUGUCAAGAAUUAUUUGACACGCUGUCCAAGACUCAACAGGAGUAUGAGGAGUGUCGUGUGGAAAAAGAAAAGGCCCUUGAAGUUGUUGAAAUUAAGGAAAAAUUGUGUGCAGAAUUACAAACCAAUGAUAGAGAACUGAAGGCUUCUGAGAAAGAACUUGGGGCUAAACUAGAAUCUAUAGAAAAAGAAAUGAAGGAUGUGAUAAAGGAGAAAGAACAACUACAAAGUAUGCUGUCUCAAGCUAAUACCACUGUGGAACUGAAGACUGCAGAAUUAGGUCAGUUAAGGUCAGAACUAAGUGAAGUUCAGCAACAAGCUGAAGCGGAACUGAAAACAAAGGCAGAAUGCCUGGGCAGUACAAGUGAAGAACUCCAGCACAUGACGGAAAAACACGAUAAGAUUAAAGAGUCUCUCAAAGUCAGGGAGGAGGAGUGCAUUCAAGUACAAGAAGAACUGAAGAAUGUGCAGAUGGAACAUAGUGAACUUUCACAAAAGUGCCAGUCUCUUGUGGAUCAAAUGGAAACCAUAUCAACAGAUAACAAUCAACUAAAGGAACAGUUGAGUCAGGCUAACGAUGCAUUCACCACUAAGAGUGAAAUAGCUAGCAACAUAGACGCUGAACUUUCUGCUCUCAAAGUAAAAGCUGACAAUGAUUGUCAGUUAUUAACUGAAAGUUUGAACAAUUUACGUGAAGAGAAUUCUAAAUUUCAAGAGGAGAAAAUGAAAAUGACAGAAUUGAUCAAGGAAAAAGAUGAAGUGCAUGAUAAGUUGAAAGAAACUCUUAAUCAACUUCAAAAUGAACAUAAAGAAUUGGCUAACAAAUGUCAGAGCCUGUCAGAAAAGAUGGAAACAUCAGAGAAAGAGAAAGAAUCCACAAAGGAGCAGUUAAAACAAGCAAAUGAUGCUGUGGAGGAUAAGAAACAAACUCUCUUAUCUUUAGAAAGGGAGUUGUUGAGUGUCAAGAAAGAUGCACAGUCUAUGUGUAUAUCUAUGGAGACAGACACAUCCAAACUCCAACAACAGCUUGAUACUGUUACAACAGAGAAAGACAAAGGACUUGAGUUGAUAAAAGCCCGUGAUCAGGAGGUGGAGCGACAGAAGACAGAAUUGUAUACAAUGACAGAAAAUUACCAACAGCUCCAGACUAAGAUGGAGAUGCUACAGAUGGAUGUAGAAGACAAGGAUGAAUGUAUGGAAGAUUUGGCAGCAAAGGUGCAGGGAACAGAGCAGAGUCUGGAAGCUGUUAAGCUCUCUUUGUCACAGAAGGAACAGGCCCUGACCAAAGCUGAGACAGAGAUGGCUGAUAUUUUGGUCAAAAUAGAUAAUCUCCAGGAACAACACACUGCACUGGAACAAUGUUGCCAAGAUCAGAAAUCACAGCUGGAGCAGCAAAGCUCUGUUGUCAGUAAGCAGGCUCAGGCAUUACAGGAGGAUGAUGAUAAAUACCAGCAUCUCUGUGAGGAAACAGAUAAGCUUAAAUACAGUCUAGUGGAGAUGACAUCAUCAUGUGAGGACAAAGACAAUCAGAUUGUAAAACUCCGUAAUACAUUGAAGGAUUUGGAAGUAGCUAUCACAAACUUGAAAAACGAUCUCUCUGAAAGGGACGAAAGCAUCAACAGCUUACAAGUGCAGUGUGGUAAACUUCAAGACGACUGGGAAAGCAGAUGUUCAGAUCUCAGUGAGCAGAUGGAAUGUAAGCAACGUCUCGAAAAACAGGUUGUAUCACUUGAGAGUUCUCUUGCUGAAGUCCAGUGUAAACUGGAUCAUAAAUGUAGUGAAUAUGAUCAACUCAGCAACAAGACAGCAGAUCUGAAGACUGAAAUGGAUGAGAAAGAUAGCAGUAUGAAAGAGUACCUUGAUACAAUCACACAACUCAGGUCAACAAUUCAGAUUAAUGAAGAAAAGCUCAAGAAUUUGUUGAGUGAAAAGGAAGAACUAGAGAAAUCCAACAAGAAAGACAUGCAAAACUUACAAGUGCAGGUAGAAUAUAUACAGGAAAUAUUGGACCGGAAAGUCAAGGAAUUACAGAAACUGCAGGUAAAUAUGGCAGACAUACAGUCACUCUUAAAUAGUCAUCGAGAGGAACUGCAACAGACUAAGGAAAGUGAAAAAACCUUAACUCAAGAAUGUGACCGUCUGCAAAUGGCAUUAGGGGAUGCAACAGAACGUCUGGAGCUCAAAACAUCAGCUUAUAAUUCAUUGAUAGAUUCCAAUAGCACAAUGGAAGAAAAAUUAAAGUGCCAUCUAGAGGAAGCAGAGACCAAAGUUGAAAGUUUAUCAGAUGAAUUAAAUGCAGCUAAAUGUAAACUAGACAUGAUGGAAAUGGACAUUGAAGAUCGGGAUGCCACCAUUGCCGAUAUGACUGACAAAUCUCAGAAUCUCACUAGCAGUACAGACAGCCUAAGGGAAGAAAAUAACAAGUUGAAAGCAUACAUUGCAAGUUUGGAACGAGAUGCCGACAAAUUAAAAGGUCAGUGUGCAGAUCUAGAAGUGGAACUGAAAAUGACCAGUAGUCAACUUGGUGAAAAUUUAAGAAAAACAGGAGACAUGGAAAUGGAGCUGAAACAGAAACUUGAUACCAUACUAUCUGAGAAAAAUCAAAGCAAUGAAGAACUAAAGGCACUUGGUCAGAAAUUAGAGGAAAGUGAAAAGUUAAUUUCACAGAAAAAUGAGGAAAGAGAGAAAAAGGAUAUUGACAUGGAAAAUAUGAAAAAGCAAUUAGAGGAUUCAUUGGAUCAACUGCAAAACAAGGAGACAUGCUUACAAAAUAAUGUCUCAGAGUUGACGUCUUUGAAAGAUAAAUCCACGAAGAUGUAUGAGGAGUAUGAUGCUCUGAUAUCAAAGAACGCCUCAACGGAAAAUGAUAUGGAAGCACUCAGACGGCAAGUAGAGAGUCUGACAAAAAAUCUAGAGGAAAAGGACACCUUCAUCAGUGAACUUCAGGUCACUGUAGAAACAAAGCUAAAGGCUAUUGAAUCACUCCAGGAUGAAAUGGCAUGUCAGAAGGAGAGUUCAGAUAAAAACAUGCUGUGUGUAAAUGAGGAAAAACAUGAGAAGGAGCAAACUAUCAAACGUCUUGAAGAGGAAAUGGAAUCAUUAAGGAAUAAGCUGCACGAAAAACUGAGUGAAAUCAGGCAGUUAGAAUCAGAAAAAGAGCUGCAGCAACAGGAGUUUGAUGACAAGAUGAAGACAAUAUCUUCAGAUGUUGAACUGAUGAAAAAAGAAAGAUAUGAUUUGCAAGAAAGUCUAAAAUCCUCCAAGAAUGAAGAAAUUGCUUUAAAACAAAAUGUUUUUGAACUUGAGUCACAAGUGGAGGAACUGAAGUCAAAUGUAUCCAACUUGGAUGAAAAGAACUCAAAACUGCUGUCUGAUGAGGCAGCAAUGGACAUGAAGAUGACAGAGAAGAUGAAUGAGUGUGAGGGUUCUAUUCAGAGACUCAGGAGGGAGCUCGAGGAAAAAGAGGAAGCACGGUUUGAACUUAAUAUAAACUUGGAAAAAUUGACAGAAGAAAUUAACACAAAGGAACGAAAUUGGUUAGAUCAAGAGAAGGCUUUGUGUAGCAAACUUUUGGAAUCAACUGAGACAAUUUCCAAACUUGAGAAAAAUCUGGCUGAGAGAGUGGAACAGUGUGGAGAUCUAGAGAAAAAAUUGGUUGAUCUGACUGCUAGUGUAGAAAAUGAAAUAUCAGAACUGAAUAACACCAUAGAUUCUGAAAAGAAGAAACAGAUGGAUCUGUUGAAGCAACAGGAAACUGAAUUUCAUGCAAAGAAGCAAGAUUUGCUCUGUAAACUGGAAAGUAUGGAUCUAGAAAUGUCUCUCAAAGAACAGGAAAUUGUUCAAUUACGUGGUGAGUUGGAUCUGGUUAAAAAAGAGAAUACAAGUCUUAAAGACUCGACCAAUCAGGAACACAUUGAUAUGUGUGAAUCUGUGGCAAGUCUGCAGAAUCAACUCCAGGCGAUGACAAAUAAUAGCACAAUGAUGGAGGACGAAAAGGAGCGUCUAGGAAAUCUUCUUGACCAGGAGAGAGCUGAGGUUAAGUCACUUACAGGGAAGGUAACUUCUCUAGAGACUGCAGUCACUGAUGCUACUCUAAAAUUAUCCCAGGUGAAAGAUGAAUUUGUCAUGAAAGAGUUGCAAUUCCAGGAAAACAUCAAAGCACUGGAAAUAGAGAAAAACAAACUGAACACUUUGUUGGAGGCAUCAUCAGCUGAUAUGGAAAAACAUGCUGCAGAAAAAGCUGACAUGGAGAGCAAUCUUUUGGAAAAAGACUCAAUUUUACAAAGUUCCCAGAAUGACAUGACAGUUCUUGAAAAUGACAGAAAACAUUUAGAAGGAUUAGUGGUAUCCCUUGAGAAUGAAAAGAACAAUCUACAAAAUAGAAUGGAGGAGUUGCAGUCAGAGUUAUCUGCCCUGCAAUCAGAGAAGGCGAGAUCUGUACAAACUACAGAGGAGACUAGAUUUGAGCUCGAGACCAAGAACGAUUUGUCCAAGACACUCCAGCAACAACUUGACCAACUACAAGCAGACCAUGUUAAGGCAACAGAGAAAGUCAGUCUGCUACUCUCAGAAAAGGACACUCUCUUGCAUAGUUUUGAGAAUGUGACUGGUGAAAAGAAUGAUCUCACUGUCAGAUUGAAGGAACUGGAGAAGACUUUACAAGAUACAGAGGAGAAACUGAUGUGUGAACUGACCCAAACAAAGGAACAACUAUCAUCCAACCAUCUGAAGAUAUCAGAGAUGAAAUCUGAGUGUGAUACCUUGCAGCAUAGACUGAGUGAGAGUGGUGAUGUAAAUGCUGCUCUCCAGCAAGAGAAGGAGGAGUUAUUACUGAAGCUAGGAACUGUGGAACAGAAUUCCUCAGACUGGGUGGGUAAAAUCUCAAAUCUCGAACAAACACUGAAGCAUCAUGAGGAAACACUUGAUUAUAAUGCGAAACAAUCAGCCAUUGUAGAAGAGGAAAGAAACAACCUGAGGAAAAGGAUAGAAGAGUUUGAAAAGGAAAUCAUGGACAAUGAAGAGAAUCAAAAAGUACUGGAAUGUGACUUAAUGACAGCAGAAAAAAGAAUUUCAGGCUUGGAAGAGGAAGUAGAGACAUGUAAAUGUAAGUUGGAAAAUCUUCAACAAGAACUUCAAACAUCCCAUGAACAACUCAGUAUCAAGGAGGCUGAAAUUGCACAUAUGAAGGGAGAGCUCUCCUCGAACUCUCUCCGAACUACAGAUGCCGCUUCUGAAAUUACUUCUAUGGAGAAAAGGUUGGAGACUUUAAGGUCUGACAGAGAAGAAGAAAGACAGACAUUGGAGAAUGUUAUCGCAGACAAAGAAAUAAGUAUAGAGGAAUUCAAGGAUAAAAUUUUCUCCUUGAAUGCACAACUUGAAUCAUUACAGUCAAAGGUUGACACUGAAAGUUCAGAAAAGGAAAACUUGUCAGAAAUUUUACAAGUAAAUGAAUCAAAUAUGCAGGAAAUUCUGUCAGAGAAAGAGCGUCUCAGUGACCUUCUGUCAGAAACAUCACAAGAAAGUGCUGACCUGAGACACAAGGUAACAGAUCUAGAGAAGCAGAUGGCAACAUUAAAAGAAGACAACCAGUGCUUAGAAGAACAGGUUUCUGAGUCUCAAUCCCAGCUUCAGGCCACCCAGACCUUCUCCCAAGACAUUCAGCACCAACGGGACUCCCUGGAUAUAGAUUACAAGGCAAUACAGGAUCGUAUCAGCCAGCUUAGUGCUGAAAAUCAAGAACUCACCAGCAAGGCACAGCAAGCUAACACAGAGGUAGAGCAGUACAAAAUCCAGCUUGAGGAAAGUGAGGAACGCUCAGAACAGCAGACGCAAACAUUCUCUCAACGUAUCUCCGAUCUACAGGCAGAAGUUCAGAACUUGGCAUCACUGGUGAGCUCCUAUGCUGAGGACAUGAAGUGUUUGCAGGGAGACAAGGAGGACUUGAAUACCUGUGUUCAGAAGAUGGAGAUCGAGAUGAAAUCCACCAAAGAUAAUCUGGAAACAAAACAGAGUCAGGUCAAAGACCUGGAGGCCAUUGUAGAGCAGAAUCAGAAAACUUGUUCAGAAUUGGAAGCAGAUUGUCAAAAAUGGAAGGAAAAGAGUGAAAGAUUAGAAGAAGAAUACUGUCAGAAGAUGUCUGAGGUUGAAUGGAUGUCUGUAGAGAAAGGCGAAACACAUGAAGCUAUUACCAGAUUAGAUAAAGAUAAACAAGACCUUUCUGAUUCAAAUGAAAUCCUGCAACAGAAUUUGACAGCAGCAAGGGAUGAAAUAGAAAAACUUGAAAAUCAAAUCAGAGAUGGAAAUACCCAAAACAAUGUGCUAGAGAUGGAAUGUAAGGAGCUAAAAACUACCAUCAAUUGUAAGGAAAAGAAAAUUUCUGAAAUUCAAAAAGAACUAGAAGAAGUUAUGGAUAGAAUGAAGAAGGUUGAAAGUGAAAAGCAAGCGUGUCAACAAGAACUUGAUAACUUCGUUCUUGAUAAAGAACAAAUGGUGGAUAGAACUAUGGCUGCAGAAUCAGAUUUGUCUGUGAUUAAGGAAAAUCUUGUGGUGCUGAGUUCUGCACAAGCAGAAUUGGAGGCCUCUUUGAAGAAGAAGGUUGCCAAGAUUCAGGAAAAAGAUGCACAAAUCACUGGACUAAAACAAGAGGCUCAGAAACUAACCAACAAAGUGGAUGAGCAAGAGAAACAGUUGACAGAGUUGCAGGGACAGGUUGCUAGUCUGACCGAGGAGAAAAAAGCCGCGGAAUCAGAUAUGGAGUGCUUCAAGGAUGCAAUGGAGUCACUAGAGAUGGAGAGUGAAAGUCUGAAUGUAGAGAAGGCAAAUCUUGAAUCUGAAUUGAAGCAGGCAAAGCUGGAGAGAGAAGAGGCAAAGCAGACAGCAGUUAAGUUGGAACAAGAGCUACAGAAUAUAGACAAAUGUAAGGGGAUAGAAAUGGAACAGGAGCAGGCAUCCUGGACAGUCGAGAGGGAAGAACUUCAAGAUAGGAUUGAAGCCCUCAGUGUAGAAAUUGCAGAGAUUGGUGACAAAUUCAACUCCUGCUCACAAAAGCAAAACAAUCUGAGUGAUGAAAAUGUUAAUCUCACAGAACAAGUAAAGGUGAGUGAGGACAAAGUGAAACAGCUAGAAGCCCAAGUUUUAACUUUAAAUGACAAUUUAGACGUUCUAAAUACUGAGAUGUUAGAGACAUUAGAGAAACACAGAGUUGUGUGUGAAUCAGAAAGCAGUGUAAAGACAGAGUUAAGUGAGGUCCACAAACAAUUAGCAGAAGUUACUGAAAAAUUGACCUCCCGAGAGGAGUCACAGCAGGUGGUCGAUGGUCAACUUGAGGAACUGAGGUCAGAAAUCAAGACAUUAACUGAGAACAAUGUGCGCUUGACACAGCAGUGUGCAACAAAAGAGAGAGAGAAGAGUGAACUACUCAGUGAUUUCCUCAACCUGGAGAAUGAUAAAGCACAGCUGCAAAGGACUAUUGAUGCUCUCAAACUUGAGUUUUUAGUUAGGAACUGCAAGGAUUUUUCUGAAAAUUUAUUUUAUCUGGAUCAACAGGUUGAAGAUGUGAAGGGAGAGUGUCAUAAUAAGGAGAAAGAAGCUGAACAUGUCCAGAAGCAGUUGGCAAGCGAGGAGGCACAACGUGUAGAGCUGGAUGACCAACUGUGUGCUGUACAGGCAGAGCUAGUCACUACCAAGAGCUCACUCACCAAAUACGAGCAGGCCAAUGCCACCUUAGAAGCCAUCAAGGAGGAAUUUACAAAGAGGUUUGAACAGAUGAUUGCAGACAUCUCUGAUAAGGACACUAAAAUUGCAGAUAUGAUGUCUUCCCAUCAAGUUGAGGUGGAGAGGCUCACUUCCUGUCACACAGAAGAAAUCGAGAGGAUGAUGGGUGAUAACUCUAUGACUACAGAAAAAAUGAAGGAACAGUAUGAGUCCGAGAUGCAGCAGCUGCGCCAAGCAAUCACUGAGCUUGAGACCCAGGCUGCAGGAGGUCAGGAUAGUGGUGAGCUUCAAGCAGCACUUGACCUAGCUGAGAGACAGGUCGCAGAGCUCAACGAUAAAUUACAGACACAGACAACUGAAGAGGAGAAACUUGUUAAGGUGAUGAAGAAGUGGGAGAGUCGGUGCUCUCAGUUACAGACAGAGCUGUCUGCGGAGAAGGCUCGCUCACUUAAGCUCAAACAACUGCGUGGCAACAGGGAGCCAGAAUCAGCAUCAGAAAGCAAGGAUGUGGAAGAGAGACUAAAGACAGCAGAGGCUGAGAGAGAUAAAUAUCAGGAGGAACUACUGCAGUCAAUGGCUGAAAGGAAAUCCUUGAAACAGCAGAACUUUUCAUUAAAUACCAGAGUGACAGGUCUAAUUAAAAUGUUGAACAUGCAGAAGAAAGAAGAAAAAGUGGUUUCAAAGGUUUCUGACAUUUCAUCUAGUACAACAACCAGUGAGCCAUCUAUAAUAGAAAAUGUCAAAGACUUCACUAUGGUGAAACCUGAACCUCGACGUCCAGUCAAUUCAAGGAAACUAGAUUAUCCCUCUGUUUCAGUGUCAAAACCAGGAUCACCAAAUGAAUCUCAAGUGGACAAAGUGUCUCACAGACCAUCAACUAGGUCUUCAUCCUCCCAAAUCUUACAGAACUCUUUAAAAGACAUAAACUCAAAAAUUCAGUCACAGACCAAAGUAUCUCAACUGCAGGUUCCACAGCAACAGAGAGAUAGCAGUGAAGAAAUAUCCUCCUCACCUGUCACAAGGUCAAGGAGUGCAAAAUCAUCUACUACAAAGUCAACUGGGCUACCGGUCCUGACACGGUCUCAGGAGAAACGCAAACUCCAGUCUGAGGCUCGUGACGAAGUUGUGCCAAAGAAAAUCAAAAGUGCUGCCGAUCUGCAACUCAACAAGAAUCCUCUCAGUACGAUCACCAACAGUCCUAGUAAGAUUAAACAUACAUCUGAUGAUCUGACAAGGAAAGCAGGACAAGCUAAGAGAGUUCUCAGUCUACGUAAAUCUCCAGAGAUUCGUAAACAUCUACGUAAAACUGAUACUCACACUUCUAGUGUGAAAGAUGAGGAUAACCAGGACUGUAAAAUGCAAUAGUUAUGGUAUA